CAAAGAUUUCUCCUCAAAAGUCCAAGUAGGCAAGCAAUCAUCUCUUCUCCCCGGCAAGGCAAUGGGUCCAACCCUCCUGGAAGCUCUGAACGUCCGGGUCGUCGGCUUCGGCGAGAGAACCCUGGUCCUCGCUCACGGCUUCGGCACCGACCAAUCGGCCUGGAAUCGCAUUCUCCCCUAUUUCUCACCCCACCACUUCCGCAUCAUCCUGUACGACCUCGUCUGCGCCGGCAGCGUCAACCCCGACUUCUUUGAUUUCCGCCGCUACACCACCCUCGACGCCUAUGUCGACGACCUCCUCCAAAUCCUCCACCUCCUCUCCAUCGACCGCUGCUUCUACGUCGGCCACUCCAUCUCCGCCACAAUCGGGAUUCUCGCCGCCAUUCGCCGCCCCGACCUUUUCUCCAAGCUCAUCCUCAUCGGCGCCUCUCCAAGGUUCUUGAACGACCGAGAUUACCACGGCGGAUUCGAGCAAGUGGAGAUCGAGUCCGUGUUCACGGCAAUGGAGGCCAACUACGAGGCGUGGGUGAACGGCUACGCGCCGCUGGCGGUGGGCGCGGACGUGCCGGCGGCGGUGCAGGAAUUCAGCCGGACGCUGUUCAACAUGAGGCCGGACAUAACGCUGUUCGUGUCGAGGACGGUGUUCAACAGCGAUUUGAGGGGGGUUUUGGGCCAAGUCAAGGUGCCGUGCUGCAUAAUUCAGACGGAGAGUGACGUCUCCAUCCCAGCGUCAGUGGCGCAGUAUAUGAAGGACCAUCUCGGCGGCCGGACGGUGGUGGAGAUACUGCCGACCGAGGGCCACUUGCCGCACCUCAGCGCGCCGGGGAUCCUGGCCGCCGCGCUCCGGCGAUACCUUCCCCGGUAGCAGCACUUUAACCAUCUUAUUUUUAAUAUUAUCGCAAUGCUAAUGGGAACAGCUACUGCAUGGGGUCCACUGGGGAAUAAGGGUAAGAUGUUGACACCUGGCAAUAAGUAAGUUGCGGAGUCAAAAAAAAAAAAAAAAGAAAAGGAAAAGGAAAAGGAAGGGUGUGCUGGCUGGGGAUAGAUAAGAAUCUUCACGUGAGGGUCACGUGACGACGUGGCCACUUUGUCUUCCUCCACCAAGCGUAGCCUUUGCUUUGGCUUGCUUUUUCUUUGGGUCCAACGGCAGCCACGUUUCUUUCAGGCCGUUGGCAAUUGGUGUCUUUCGUAUUAAUUUGGGUAAAGCAAACAGACAAAAUUGCUAAAUUUUUAGGCUUUGUGUUGUUACUUUGGUCGAUGAAAGAUGAUGGAUAGCUCCACUUUUGUGUAUGUAAUACCACUGGAUUUCAGCCAACCCCUCUUUACUUGUGUACUUUUCUAGUUGGUUACAUCAUUAUUUAUAUAGUAGUAUUAUUAUUAUGAGCUUAA